AUGGAGAUACCGAUGAAUCUACUGAAGAUGUCACAUUCCAAGCAAGUCGAGGAUGGUAGAGGCUUUUACGUAAACGAUCAAAACCGUUACGAGUGUUUGAAGUGCGGCUACUCCUACGUGCAUCGCACUCACCUGAGUCGUCACAUGAAAUACGAGUGCGCGUUGUUGCUUGCCGAUGGAAGGGCGACGAAGGACGGCCAAUUUUACUGCACGAAAUGCUCGAAGUGCUACAAGUACAAGCAGAACUUGCUCAGGCACGUCAAGUUCGAGUGCGGCAAGGAGCCUUCGUUCUUCUGCCAAUUCUGCUCGUACAGGGCAAAGCAGAUGUGCUCCGUCAAAAAACAUAUCAAACUGAUACACGGAUUUUUAGGCAAAUAUCGCUGCCCGAAAUGUCCGAAACUGUACAAGUAUUACACGUCUCUGUAUAGUCACUUGAAAUACGUUUGCGGGAAGGAAGCGAAUUUGAAGUGUCCGAUCGCCGAUUGCCCGUUCAAGACUAAACUCAAAGGAACGUUGAAAAUGCACGUUUUCCUCAAACACCACGUCUCGAUUUGA